AUUUCCCUUCCACAAGUGUUUCUAAAAACGUUUUGGCGAUAUGCCUCCAAGAAGAGAACAAAGAAUGACUAUGGUCUUUACGAGAGAGUUGGAGCUUACAUGGUAAAGACUUACGAGUAUGAGAUGAGAGCAUGGCUAAAACUAAUGAGUUUGAGGCUAAUGAGGAAUUCGGAGAAGACAACCCUUUUGAACAUUUACAAAUCAAAUUAUUUAAGGAAUAAGGGUUUGUGCAUCCACAAGCAUGGAUACAAAGGAGACAUCAUCAAGACUUUGAUUUAUGUU